AUGUACUUGGCAACAGUCCUAAGCCUCGUGGGCUUAGUCGCAGCUCAAUGUCCGUACGGAAUGGACAGACAACCCCAAAAGCGCGAACCUAAUGAUGCUCAGACCAGGAGUUCUAGUUUCUUAGACCAGUUUACAAUAAAUGACACCAGUACAUACUUCACUACCGAUGCGGGUGGGCCUAUACAAGAGGAUACUAGUUUAAAGGCUGGUGUGAGGGGCCCGACACUACUUGAAGAUUUCAUAUUUCGUCAAAAGAUACAACACUUCGACCAUGAACGGGUACCAGAACGUGCCGUCCACGCCAGAGGUGCCGGUGCACACGGUGUUUUCACAAGUUAUGGAAAUUAUAGCAACAUAACGGCAGCUAGCUUUCUGAAUCAAGAGGGCAAAGAAACACCUGUCUUCGUUCGAUUCUCCACUGUUGCUGGAAGUCGAGGUAGUGCUGAUACUGCACGCGACGUCCAUGGCUUUGCUACUAGAUUCUAUACUGAUGAAGGAAAUUUUGACAACGAAAUACCUCAAGCAGCAACAGCACACGAUUCUGCUUGGGACUUUUUUAGUCAGCAACCAAGCUCACUACAUACACUCUUAUGGGCCAUGGCUGGAAAUGGAAUUCCAAGAUCAUUUCGCCAUAUGGAUGGAUUUGGUAUCCACACAUUUCGUUUGGUUACCGAUUCCGGUACUUCCAAACUAGUCAAGUGGCAUUGGAAGAGUAAGCAAGGAAAGGCAAGCUUGGUCUGGGAGGAAGCCCAAGUACUUGCUGGAAAGAAUGCAGACUUCCACAGAAAAGAUUUGUGGGAUGCCAUUGAGAGCGGCAAUGGCCCUGAAUGGGAGCUCGGGAUUCAGAUCGUGGAGGAAGAUGAUGUGUUGAAGUUUGGAUUUGAUCUUUUGGAUCCCACCAAAAUCCUUCCUGAAGAGCUUGUUCCAGUGCAAAAGAUUGGAGUCAUGAAAUUGGAUGCUAACCCUCGGAAUUACUUCGCAGAAACAGAGCAAGUUAUGUUCCAACCAGGGCACAUAGUGCGUGGUAUUGAUUUUACGGAUGAUCCACUUCUUCAAGGACGCAUAUUUUCAUACCUCGAUACACAAUUAAAUCGUCAUGGUGGACCAAAUUUCGAGCAACUGCCUAUCAAUCGCCCCAUUGUCCCUGUUCACAACAACAAUCGCGAUGGUGCGGCGCAACAAUUUAUCCCUCUUAACAUUGCUGCUUAUUCUCCAAAUACUCUCAAUGAUGCGGCUCCAAAGCAAGCAAAUCAAACAAUCGGUAGAGGGUUCUUCACAGCUCCUGGAAGAACGGUCUCAGGUAAUCUAGUAAGAGAGGCCUCGUCAACUUUCUCAGACGUUUGGUCUCAACCCAGGCUAUUCUACAAUUCUCUCAUCCCAGCAGAACAACAAUUCCUCAUUAACGCGAUCCGAUUCGAAACUUCUCAGCUUACAUCUAGCGUUGUGAAAUCAAAUGUUCUCAUUCAAUUGAAUCGCGUUUCACACGAUCUUGCCGCACGUGUCGCUUCGGUCUUGAAUCUACCAGUUCCGGAAGCAGAUAACACUUACUACAAUGACAACAAGACUUCCUUCAUCACCAUAUUUGGCAAUGAGCUCCCAACGAUAGCCACACUCAACAUCGGAGUCUUGGUGAGUGUUAAAAACAAUGCAACUUUAACACAAGCAGCCAAUCUUGCAACAUCGUUUUCGACAUCCGGGGUCAACGUCAAAGUCAUAGGGGAACUCCUGACAAACGGAGUGGAUGCAACCUAUAGUGCAUCAGAUGCGACACUAUUUGAUGGUAUCAUCGUAACUGAUGGCGCCGAGACUUUGUUCACAAACGGUUCAAAAUCAACGUACUUCCCAGCAGACCGACCUCGUCAGAUCUUGUUGGAUGCGUACAAUUGGGGAAAGCCUGUGGGAAUUUUGGGAAAUGCGAGAACGGUAUUAAAUGUUACGUCAAUCUGUGCUGGGCCAGGCGUGUAUAGUAAUUCAACGAGUGUUGGUGCACUUGUCAAGGAGUUUGAAGCCGGACUGAAGACUUUCAGGUUUGUCAAUAGGUUUUCCUUGGAUGAUUGA